AUGGAGACUCGCCUUCUUGAAUUGGAGCAAAGAAUGGCCACUCAAUCUUCACAAAUGGAAGAAAUGUUGAAAUUGUUGCAAGAACGUGACAAGGAGAAGGAAGAUUCGACAGAAUCAAAUGUUUCUAAUGGAGGUAAAUCAUUGGGUUUUGUUCCUAAAAUUGAGUUUCCAGUUUUUGGAGGUGCAAAUCCUCGUAUUUGGAUCAAGAAAUGCAUGAAAUAUUUUUCACUAUGCAAAAUUUUAGAUAACCAGAAAGUUGAUCUAGCUAGUUUGUAUUUGGUGGGUAAAGCUGAAUCAUGGUUUAACAGUUAUAUUGCUGUUAGAAGAAGUGUAGAAUGGGAGGAUUUGGUGGUGGAUUUAUGUGCUAGGUUUAAGGAGGAAAUUGGUGGUAAUGUAGUUGAGGAAUUUAACAAAUUGAAUCAGACUGGCACUAUUGAUGAUUACUUAGAUGCUUUUGAGAAUUUGAAAGGGUUGAUGCUGCAAAGGAACCCUCUAUUGCCUGAACAGUAUUUUCUUGAUAGUUUUAUUGGAGGAUUAAAGCCUAAUCUGAAACCUUUUGUCAAAGCUUUUAAACCUACUAGCUUGAAUGCUGCUGUUGAGUAUGCCAGGUUACAACAUGAAAGCAUUCAGACCACAAGAUUUCAGCCCAAAUCCAAUUUCCAACCACAAAAACCUUUAAAUUUGCCUAAUCCUACCUACAACAAAUCAGCCUUGCUUCCUACCCCUUCUGUCCCUAACCCCCACAAUCAUUCUUCCACAAGAAAUUACAGACCUACUAGAUAUCUUACACCUGCAGAGAGAGCUGAAAAACAAGCCAAAGGCCUAUGUGAAGAAGAAGAAGAGGAACUUAUGGAUUUAUCUAAUACAGUAGAAGAUGAAUUAGAGAUGUUUCAAAAAGAUCCAAACAUCUCUGUGAGUGCUUUGUUUGGAAAUACAGCUUAUAAUACAAUGAGGGUCACUGGUUACAUUGGGAAAAAACCACUUCAUAUACUCAUUGAUUCAGGCAGUACACAUAAUUUCUUAGAUGUAUCCUUGGCUAUGAAGUUAGGGUGUAAAAUUGAUUCCAUGCCCAGUCAGUCAGUUUCUGUGGCAGAUGGUAACACUCUCUCUUGCAAAUCCAUGUGCAAAGGAUUUCAGUGGAGGUUGCAGAACACCACUUUUCAAACUGAUGCUUUGUUAAUUCCCUUGGGAGGGUGUGAUAUGGUUUUGGGUGUGCAGUGGUUACAGUCUUUAGGAACUGUUAAGUGGAAUUUCCAGCAAUUAAGGAUGGAAUUUACUUAUAAUGGGGCACUUCAUGUGUUGAGGGGAAUCCAUCCUAAAGCACCUGCCACAGUUUCAGGAGCUUCAAUGACAAAACUCAUGCAAACAGGUGUAAGUUCCAUUCAUCUUUGUUUUUUGAAGUUGGGUAAUAAUGAUGAUACUUCUUUAAUAUCUUGUUUAGCUCAUGAGGUGGAAGUUAAACCCCCGGAGUUAGAGCUCCUCUUAACCAAAUACCAGCCUCUUUUUGAUGAACCAAAAGCACUUCCUCCUAGCAGACCUCUUUUUGAUCACAAAAUUCCUUUGAUGCCUAAUGUGCAACCUGUCAAUAUUAGGCCCUAUAGAUAUCCAAUUAAACAAAAAGAUAUCAUUGAAAACACUAUCCAGGAAAUGUUAGACAAUGGCAUUAUCCAAGACAGUUCAAGCCCUUUUGCAAGCCCUGUGAUCCUAGUGGGGAAGAAAGAUGGUACAUGGAGACUUUGUGUUGAUUAUAGGGAACUUAACAACAAAACAGUGAGAGAUAAGUUCCCUAUACCUGUAGUGGAGGAGUUAAUUGAUGAACUAGCAGGUGCAGUAGUGUUUACUAAGUUGGAUUUAAGAUCUGGUUAUCACCAACUUAGGAUGCAUGCUGAUGAUGUACAUAAAACAGCCUUUAAGACACAUUCAGGCCAUUUUGAAUUCCUUGUUAUGCCCUUUGGGCUAACAAAUGCUCCUGCUUCAUUUCAGUCUUGGAUGAAUCAUGUUUUUAAACCACUCUUGAGAAAGUGUGUUCUAGUCUUCUUUGAUGAUAUACUAGUGUACAGUUCUAGUAUGGAUCUGCAUUGGAAACAUUUGGAGGCUGUGUUUCAGUUGAUGACUCAUCACCAUUUGUUUGCUAAGCCAAGCAAGUGUGCAUUUGCAGUGCCUAAGGUAGAAUAUCUUGGCCAUUUUAUUUCUGCUGCAGGUGUGUCUACUGAUCCCUCUAAGAUUGAUGCAAUUCAGAAAUGGCCUACUCCUACAACUGUGAAAGAACUGAGGAGUUUCUUAGGCUUAUCUGGAUAUUACAGAAAGUUUGUAAGAAACUAUGCUGUCAUUAGCAAGCCUCUCACUCAGUUGCUUAAAAAGGGGAGUUUUUAUGGACAAAAGAUGCUCAGCUAG